GCAUUGCUGAUCAAGAAACGAAGACUAGAUACAUAGGUCGUCCUUCGUACAUUAAUGGGAUAAUAUGCAAGAGCAGAUAAGCCGUGAAAAACAGACUGACCGGUGGGCUGCUUCAGUUGUGUUUCGUUCGAAUAAGCAUCAUCAUGUUUGUCAAAAUCGGAAUCGCAUCGUUCAUCGUCACAACUCUGUUCUUCGUCUCGGCCGUUUCUGCGGAGAAAUUUCACUACUGUGCUGUUGAUGGCAGGGGACACUUCAAAAGAGCUUCAAAGUAUUGCCCAAUUUUAAAUACUGCAGACAGCAAGGUUAAUUGUGUGAUCGGCACAGAUAGGUUAGACUGUUUGAGAAAAAUUUCAAAACAACAAGCAGACUUCGCCGUUUUUACAUCUGAAGAUCUAAUUACUGCUACGAAUUCGGCUCUAGAAACUCUCAUCACCAAUGAACUACGUUUCACAGAAGAUAGAUAUGAGUAUAAAGUUGUAGCUGUUCUCAAUAAGAAAUCAAACAUCAAGAGUAAGCAUGACUUACAGGAUAAACGGUUUUGUCACCCUGGUUAUGGCUAUGAAUCUGAAUGGACAAGGAUCUUGUCAAAUUAUUUGGAAGCUUCAGUGGUACCCCAGAACUGCCAACCAGAUUUAACACUCACAGAAAAUAGGAUCAAAUCUUCAUCAGAGUUCUUCAGCGUUGCUUGCAAGUCAGGCCCAUGGGUGGAAAAUGCUACACUUGACUAUGAACUCAAGAAUAAAUACCCCAAUUUAUGUGAAGCCUGCGAUAAUCCCUCAAGAUGUUCGAAAGAAGACAAAUACUGGGGAAGAAGAGGCUCUCUGUUCUGCCUAACGGAUGGUGCUGGCGAUAUAUCUUGGGCACGUUGGGAUGAUGUCCAGAUUCAUUUUGGGCUAGUUGCAGGAGGACCAGAAGCAUCAGCCGACGACUAUAAUCUUCUCUGUUCCGAUGAUUCAAUUAGACCACUCAAUACUACCAACCCUUGCAUUUGGGUGGUUAAACCUUGGUCUGUUGUUGCAGCAGUUAGGAACAAAGCCGAAGAAGUGCAGAAAAUAAUUACCUCUCUGUCCCACGAAAAUAUAACUUCUUGGCAAUCGGCGCUCCUGAACCUUAUGGAGUCCUACCACAUCAAGAUGGAGCCUCUCAAUCCCAUCGAGCCAAUCCAGACUUACCUCAACAAGGCUACAGGUUUCUUGAGCGCCAACAGUUUUCCUGGAUGCCAUCCACCGAGGAGUAUAAGAAUCUGCACGACGUCAAUUGUGGAAAACGCCAAAUGCUCUUGGUUGAGAGAAGCGAUGGCGUCUUAUGGCAUCGAACCCGAUGUGGAUUGCUUGAAAGCCGACAACACAACUGACUGCAUGGACGCCGUGCAAAAGGAUUUCGCAGAUGUUGUUGUGAUAAACCCUGAUUCUCUGAAUAUGGCUCAAACAAAAUACAAAUUGAAAAUUCUAUUUUACGAGACUGUGAACGAAGAUGCGAAAUACCUAACUGUAGCUGUAACUAGAAGUAACACGAAAUUCGAGACGAUACAUGAUUUGAAAGGUGCCAGGGCCUGUUUUCCUUCCUACGAUGGUAUCGCCUGGAACAGUGUUGCCAACUAUCUGAACGAAAAACGCCUAUUGGAAACUUGCCCUAUCGACGAGGGGGUCGAAGGAUUUUUCGGAAAAAGUUGCGUUCCUGGAUUUCCAAAGGAGACUUCAUCUUUGAACAUCAACUGCAGGAAUGACACCUAUGUUGGGGAUGAUGGCGCGAUCCGUUGUUUGAUCGAUGGUUCAGGAGAUGUGGCUUUCAUUUCUAAGAAUAGUUUGAAGAGUUUUCUAGCAGAUGAAAAGAAGAACACAGCUGCCAUGAACAUAACGGCUUUCAAGACCUUCUGUGGCGACACAGCUUCCAGAGAUUGUCUGCUAAGCUGGGCUCCUGCUGGAUAUGGCAUGGUUAGAGGAAAUUCAUCUGAACUCCGACUGAAAGAUUUCAUGGAUGUCUUCUUCGCAUUGGACGAAAAUUUCGGAAAACAUUAUAAGACCUUCACCUCUCCCUUCACCCUUUUCGGGCCAUUCAAUGGUGUUGGUAACCUCCUCUUCCACGACGCCACCAUGAAGAUCCGCACAAAGCCAUCUCUAAGGAACAUAGAGACUUCAGCUGGCGAAUAUCAUGAAAUCGUCGGAGCCAUCGAUUGUAAAUCAUCAGGGAAUAAUCUGUGGUUUUCUUACGUAUUGAUUGUUUUUGUUUCGAUUGUUGUUUGUUUGAAAUCUCUUUGAAAAUUUGAGCAAUGUGUAUGUUUUAAUGAAUAUGAUCUCUUCUACCCUGUUCCGCGUUUAACAUCAAGCAUUGCCGAAUUUCAUUUGAUUUUAUUGUUGUAACUGAUUAAAAUGAUCAGAUUUUACAUUUUAUAACUCGAGUUCGGAGUUUGAAUGUUUGGCAAUUUUAUCAAUUCGAUGGUAUGUCAAUACCUCAUAUGUAAUCAAACUGUGAUAUAUUGUGAAUAAAUAACUCUUAGCAUUUU